AUGAAACCUGCCUCCUGCCAGACUACCAAGAAGCCUUCCCUGUUCGCUGCAAAGACGACCGCGGACAAACUUCGAGUGACCGGAUUGCUAGCCGGCAUUACCAUCGUCGUGUGCGUGGCAGAUUAUGUCCUCGCCGAGAUGGGUGGGGAGAAGGCCAUCCCGGCGGGAGGACGCUCCUUCAUCAUCGAGACCGCCACCGUGCUGGUCUGCAUGUUGCUGCCAGCGGCUUUUAUGCAUCUCUCCAAGGCGGCUUUCAAAAGCGGUGGCAAGGAAAGCCCAAAGAAUCGCCGUGGGAAGCUGCUUCCCAGCGAGGAGCCGGGGAAGCUGAAGAUCGAGCGCACGCAGGCCGUUAACGGCCCCGUGGAUUCCGAGGAGCAGCUCUCCCCCGAGAAAGCCAAAGACGUGACGACCAACGGAGGAGUCAAAGGCUUGUCACAAGCUGUGGCUGCGGCCGUGCGCAGUGGUGAUCGCAGCCGCGCGGAGCGCCUUCUUGGCGACAUCAUCCGGACGAAAACUCCCGUCGACACGAUGCCUUUCAAUUCAGUCAUCCACGCUUGCGCAAAAACCGGCGACAUGAAAGGUGCCCGCCGCUGGCUGCAUGAGAUGCGGGCGGCCGGAGUGGAGCCGAACACCAUCAGUUACAACAUCCUCAUGGAUGCCUCCGCCAAAGCGGAUGAUGCCGAGGACGCCGAGCAUUGGCUGUCUGAGAUGCUGAAAGAUGGAGUUCCGGCCAAUGAGGUCAGCUAUGCCACCGUCAUCCACGCACGCGCCAAGCGCGGAGAGACAGAGCUGGCAGAGCAUUGGCUUUCGAAGAUGCUGGCUGCCGGUGUAGAGCCCAACAUCGUUAGCUACAACUCGCUCAUCUACGCCUGUGGGCGGAAAGGCGACGCUGCUAGCGCCGAGCGCUGGCUGCGCGAGGCCGAGCAGCGUGGCCUCUCGCCGCGAGUGACCACCUACACUGCCGUGGUGGAUGCCUGUGCCAAGAGCGGUGAUGUGGAGCGAGCUGAGAAGUGGAUGGAGAAGAUGAAGGAGGCAAAAGUGGAGCCUAAUGUUGUCAGCUACUCGGCGAUGAUCGACGCCUGCGCCAAGGUUGGAGAUGCCGUGCGAGCACAGCGAUGGCACCAGCGAAUGCAAAAUGCCGGCGUCCAGCCCAACGCGCACAGCUUCAGUGCGGUGAUCAACGCCUGUGCCAAGAGCGGCAAGGUGGUGGCCGCUUGUGAGGAGUUCGAUCGCAUGGAACAUGCUGGAGUGGUGGCGGACGUCGUGGUCUACAGUGGUCUCCUGGAUGCCUGCGCCAAAGCCGGCGACCUGGAACGAUCCAAGGAAGUCUUCGCCAGGAUGAAGGCUGCCGGUGUGCGCCCCAACGUCGUCGCCUAUGCCUCCCUUGCCCGUCCCUUCGCGCACCGUGGAGAGUGGCAGGAGGUGGAGAGCUUCGCACAGGACAUGGGGCAGGCUGGGUUAGAGAUGAACGAAUACUUCCUCUACGCCUUGUUGCUGGCAUAUGCCAGCGCCAAGCCACGGCAGAGCGACCGACCGCGUACAGCCUAA